AUGAACUCCUUGAUCGUCGUGUUUCUGCUGUGCGCAGUGGCGUACUGCCAGGCGUCCGUGUGGGGCCUGGGGGCCACCCUGGUGGGGCCCGCCAACCCGGGCGCCGCCCUCGUGGGGCCCGCCGCCCACGCCGCCCUCAGGGGCCCAGACGGUAGCCACAUCGUCGCCUCAGCGCAGGCCGGCGCCUUGGGGGCCGCCCCCAUCGCUGGCGGUGUUGUCAGUGCCGCUGUAUCUCCCGGAGUUGUGGGGGUUGGCGGUUUGGGUCUUGGAUGGGGCGGUUUGGGACAUGGCGCCAUCUGGUAG